CCUCCUUUCACCUGAAUGUCCAGGCCCUUCCCACUUUGCUAUAUAACCAGGGAGUCCCGAUGGUGUUUUGUACUGCAGAUCAUCUCCAGUUGUUCUUGCUGGUUCCGAUCCAAACUCUCCAAGAUGUCUCUCUCCUCCAGAUCCUAUGGCCAGAGGUCCACUGGUCAGAAGACCAUGAGUGUCUACGGCGGAGCAGGAGGUUCUGGCACCCGCAUCUCCGUAGGCCAGAUUGACUACUUGUCCCGUUCAGGAGCCAUCAACACCAGUAAUCUCGAUCUCCACGUUGAUGCCAACGAGAAGGCCACGCUUCAGAACCUGAACGACCGUCUGGCCUCCUACCUGGAGAAGGUGCACAAGCUGGAGAAGGAGAACGAACGGCUGGAAAAGCAGAUUGCAGAGUGGUACACAAGCAAAACUGUGAUCAGCCAUGAUUACAGUGCCUACAUGGCCACCAUCGAAGAUCUGCAGAACAAGAUCCGACAUGCCACCACACUCAACGCUAGGACCAACUUGGAGAUUGAAGGUUCAGAACUGGCUGCUGAUGACUUUAAAAUGAAAUAUGAGACCGAGCUCAGCAUGAGGCAGGCUGUAGAAGGCGACAUCGCUGGACUGAAGCGAGUUGUGGAUGAUCUCACUCUGUGCAAAAUGGAUCUGGAGAGUCAGCAGGAGACUCUGAAGGAGGAGCUCAUCAUGCUGAAGAGGAACCAUGAGGAGGACAUUUCUCUGCUGAGGAAGCAGAUGAGCGGCCAGGUUAACGUGGAGGUCGACGCUCCUUCUCCAGUAGAUCUGAGCCAGAUCAUGACGGAGAUCAGGGAGCACUACGAGGCUCUUAUCACCAAGAACCGCAAGGAACUUGAGAUGUGGUACCACAAAAAAAUGACUUCAGAGGGGAAGGUUGUAGAAGAACAAACAACCAGUCUGGAGGGAUUCCGCUUGGAGAUGAAAGACCUGAAGAUCACCAUGCAGAGGCUUCAGAUUGAACUGGAGUCCAAUUUCAGUAUGAAAUCAUCUCUCGAGGCAUCUCUGCAAGAGACUCAGCAACGCUACGCUGCCCAGCUGGCAGGUUUCCAGGUUGUGGUCACGGGCCUGGAAACUCAGAUAUCAGAUGUAAAUGCUGCGUUAGAGGAGAAGAGACAGAUGUACAGCACUCUUCUGGACCUCACAACCCGUCUGGAGGCAGAGAUUGUAGAGUACAGGAGGCUGCUUGAUGGGGAGGACAACAGCAGCUCUAAACAAGUGAUAACAAAGACCACCACUGUGCAGGAGACAUAUGUGGAUGGAAAAUAGGUCGACUCCUCCAAGACUUGAUGCGGAUGUGGAUCAGAUCAA